AUGCACUGGAUCAAAACACUGCUUGUGCUCGUCGUGGCGCCCGUCGUUAGCCAAGAAGGCGCUUGGUCCAUCAAUGUCAAGUUGACUAACUCGCUCGUGACCAAGUACUUUGACGUAAUCAGCGCAUCGUCGAGCUACCUCAACGCAACCUCCGACAAGAUCUGCACGACUGCCAUAUCGACCGUCGACACGCAGCCCGUGUCGGGCACCAACUAUCGAUACCACGUGAGUGGUUGCGUCAUCAACACCGUCCCGACCGCCAACCGCACCUGCUCGUGCUCCACGAAGACGGUUCAAGCGUACGCCGUUAGCAUCUACGAGCCGUGGACGACCUCUCGCUUCAUCACGGGUGUGGAGGUCGAGCAGUCGGCUGUCGUUCCAGGCCGCACGUCGUUUGGCCUCGUCGUCUCGAGCAAAGCCAUGGCCUACUACUACAAGGCCUUGAACAAGGCGCAUCGGAGCAACGCCACCAACUUUCCCAAUCUCUGCGCAGACCGUUUUACGAGCCUCGACAUCAUAGCUGACGACAUGUACACGCUGCAUAUUCAAACGUGCGCCGUCGAGAGCCACGCCAAGACCGGUCCCGGGUGCAAGUGCCACGGCGCGUUGCUGACCAACUACGCCGUGACGCCGUGUCGGGCUUCUUGCGGCUUUUACAGUGUUUCGGUGGACGAAUAAGGUUGCACAACAAACGUAAUUGGCACGCAGUUGAAUCCAGCGCCUUCAACUUGUGACUUCGAA